CCGAGACCUGAGGAUUCCUCUAACACAGCGCAAGAUGAGGAGCUGGGGGCUGUCUCUGCUCUUACUCUCUGCAGUCACAUUAGACAGCUGUCUCUCUCAGGCUUCGGGACGUGACAUCCAGGAUGACACGCGGAUAAUAGAGGCCGUGAAACGCUUCAACCUGGAGGAAAAUGUCCCGUAUCUAUAUAAACCCCUGGAUGACGUCCCCCCUGCACUCCUGGAGGAAAAGGAGAAUUCCCGGACAUUGAGUUUCAGCAUAAAAGAGACUGUCUGCCCCAAACAUGCUAAAAGGGAUUUAACAAAAUGUGCUCAUCAAAGACAUGGGAAGAUUCAGGACUGCAAGCUUGUCAUGACCCAGCAGCGUGUGAGAGACACAACAUGCAAGUUAUCAUUGAAAGCCGGCGCCUAUUCCCUGCAUGGAAGACCUGGCAAAGACGUCACUCAGACCAUUUAGCAGGAAAUGUUGGGCAUUGGGAUUGCAUGUGGGGCAUUACCAGGCAGUGCCACGUGCGGCAGACUCAGCAUCGGGUGACACAAAGGCUUAUUGGCCCCUAAGACACUGAUAAAGUCACACAGUAUAUUGGUAGAUUCAGGCGUGAUGCAGAGUGGGAAGUAAAUUGCUGAAGCACGCAGCGUUGGACUCAUCUGGAUGUGCGAUGUCAUCUGCAGGUGCUCUCGGCCUAUUACUAGUCACUAUCAUCAGUGAUGCACCUGCCAUAUACAUGGUGCAAAAUAUGACCCCCCCAAACAGAUCUCCACUUAUAUCCAGGUCUGGUCUUAGCCCUCAUUUGCAUGAACACACCCUCAUUGUACUUUGCUGAUGUUACAUGUCCAGUCACUGAAAUCCCAGUUCCGUCUCUUCUGCUGGAAGUAUAUAUAUAACCUAAUGCGCAUGACUCUGCAUCACCUGUACUUUAUCUGCCCACACUCGCAGUGCAAACUUACGCUCCGCAAAUGGGCGCACAUUAUACUCUGCAUCAGCCACUUAGGGGUCUAUUUACUAAGCCUUGGAGAUAGAUAAAGUGGACGGAUAUAAAGUACCAGCCAAUCAGCUCCUAGCUGUCAU